UCCAAAUAAUUCAAGUCUGAUUUUGCCAAUUGGAGACAAUUUGAAGCACAAUGCUGGCUAGCAAGCAGAUAUCAGCAUACAAUGACCCCUCCAAAGUAUUUGUCGGAAUUCGAUUCGUUCUCUUCGGGUUCGAUUCAGUUAGAGAAGACGAGGUGCGGGCGAAGCUUUUAGAAGGAGGGGCAGUUGAUAGUGUGAAUUAUGGACCAGAUUGUAAUCACGUGAUCGUCGAUAAUCUUCUUUAUGACGAUCCCAUAUGUGCUGCUGCGCGAAGAGAUGGCAAGAUAUUGGUGAUUGGAAAAUGGGUAGAUGACUGUUUUUAUGGGGGGAUGCUUGUUGAUCCUACUGUCAUGUAUUGGCCAGUAAGAGAUCCGAGUGGGAUUCCAGCCGCUAAGUCCCUGGUUAUGUGCCUGACUGGAUAUCUAGGACAGGAUCGAGAUGAUAUCAAGAAUAUGGUUGCCUUGAUGGGUGCCACUUUUACAAAGCCAUUGCUGGCUACCAAGGUUACUCAUCUGAUAUGUUACAAGUUUGAGGGGGAGAAAUAUGAGCUUGCCAAGAAGAUGAAGACGAUAAAGCUAGUUAACCAUCAUUGGCUAGAAGAUAGUCUGAAGGCCUGGCAGCUGCUUCCAGAAGCUGAUUAUGCUAAAAGUGGGUUUGAGUUUAUGAUGGAGGCUCAAGCUAAAGAUUCUGAAGAAGAGACAGAAGACAUGGCCUCAGUUGAUCUGAAGAAGAAAAGCAUCACCAGUCCUCACAAUGCACUAGAUGAGAACAGAAAUUUCCAGUCACCUGAACGGCAGGUGGUUUCAAGAACCAGUGGUUAUGUGACUGCAUUUGAAAGUUUUGCAAAUGUUGGAAAUGCCAGCAAAACCAACUCAACUCCUAGAAAAGUGAAUACUGGCAAAACCCAGUCAAUUUCCAGAAACGAGGCCGACUUUGAAAAUGCAUCAUUAUCUCGUGAUACUCAUUGUGAGGAUAUCGAUACUUCAAACACUUCUUGUGCCAGGAGUCCUGCUAAAAUGUUCCAUGGGGUGCCAUCAACAAACUCUGAAAACAUUGAGCAUGUGAUAGCUUCAGCAUCUGGAAGUGCUAGGAAAUCUGUGAAUGAUGGUUUGUCCAAAUUAAGUAGCAAGAGUAUGAAGGCCAGUCUCCCUCUGAGGUCUGAAAGAAUUGAAAGUAUUUCAGGCAGCCCUUUGUCAACUGCAAGUAAAACUGGGCUUUGUGGAGGUUUUGACAUAUCAAUGGAGAGAGAUCUGGAUGAGACUGAUUCUCAUGGUAUCAGAUCAACAUUGAAGGGAAGCUUCUUGCUCCCUAAUGAGGGGGAAACUGUUGGAUCACACCGUACGAACAACCCAAAUGUUCCCCGUGGUAGUCCGAGAUCACCAGUUUUAAGCCAUUCCCCAAAUACAUUAAUCAGAAGUGGAUUGGCUACAAAACCGACAGAAAUGCCGGUUUCUAGAUCUUCAGUUGAUGGUUCAUGCCGAAUACCCUGUGAUAUGUCUUCAUUUAAAGGUACUAGCUAUUUGAGAGAAGAAAUUGCUGAUGGUUUUGCCAUGCCAUCAGAGAUAAUUCAAGAUGGAACUGGAUCUACUGGUUUAAACACUCCUUUAAAGGGAGCUUUGUCGCACCUCGAUGAGGAACAAACCGGCAGUUUGCCUCGUACGAAGAAAAUGACUAUUUCACGUAGUGGUUCAAAAUCAAGAAGGCUAAGCCGUUCUCCAACUACCCGAGCUGGCUGUUUGAGAGAAGAAGUUGGUGGCACUUUUGUCCUGCCAUCAGAAAACAUUGAAGAUGGAACUGAAUCUACUGAAAUACAGACUCCGUUAAAGGGAGCCUUGUUGUACCAUGAUGAGGAACAACCAAGCAGUUUAUCUGGUACAAAGAAGAUGAACGUUCCACGCAGUGGUUUAAAAUCAACAAAGCGAACCCGGUCUUCAAAGAUAUUAAUGGGAAGCGGAUUGGAUGCAAAACCAAUGGAAAUGCUGGUUUCUGGAUCUUCAGUUCAUGGUACACAUCAAGCAGGUGCUGAUGUUACCCCCACAAACGUGACUAAUUGUAUGCGGGAAGAAGUUGGCGGUGUUCUUAACAUGCCGUCUGAGAGGGAAGGAGAUACAACUGAAUCUGGUGGGAUAAAGACUCCUUUAGAUGGAGUCUCAUUGCACCCAAACAAGAAACAGACCAGCAGUUUGCCUGGUAGGAAGAAAACGACUGUUUCGCAUAGUAAGUCCAAAUCAACAAAACUAAGCCGUUCUCAGAAGACAUUAGUGGGGACUGUAUUGGAUACAAAAGCUACAGAAAUACUGGUUUCUGGAACUCCGAUCCAUGGUACACGUCAGUCAGCUGUUGAUAUAUCUCCUCCCACAAAUAUCAUCAGCCAAUUGAGAGAGGAAGCUUUGCUGAUCUCUAAAGAAGCUUUAGCCACUUCUACUCCACUAGAGGAAAAACAAGAGUGUGGCGAUCACACAAUUACAUAUUCUAGAGGAAGACCCAAAAAGCGGAGAUUGCCUGAUUCUGAUGCGAAGGACCUUUCUGCGAGCAGGACCAAAUCGUGCACUGGGGAAGAAGAUAUACAUCAAAGUGAUCCACCAGAUGCCAGUCCUCCAUUUCCGGGUUCAAGCUCUAUGGUAGAGGAACCGGAUGAUCAUACAGAUUUGAACUCUUCAAAGGUAGAUAAUAGUGGCACCAAGUCAAAAUCCCCUAAGAAAAAGAUGCUUGCCAGGAAGUCAUUGGGUUCCAAACCAACUUCAUGUAAAGAGAAAACUUCAAAAUAUAAAGGGCUGCUUUCUGCCGUGUUGCAGAGUAAGUCCGCAGGUCAUUUGAAUGGAGCAGUAGCUGUUGAGCACGCCAAAAAUGCUUCUCUUGCUGAGAAAUUUGACACCGUCUCUUCAAACCGCAAUGAAGAUGUACCAGUAGGCGAUGAAACUGAAGCUCCAGAAUGUGAAGGGCCAAAUGAGUUUGACACGGGGAGCAAGAAUUCUGCAGAAGUCGAAGAGCAUCAUACAAGCAAGCAAUCCAGCAAAAAAACCACCCAAAAGAAGGAAGCAAAAUCAAGGGUAAAGAAGAGCACUGAAGCUAAAAAGCAUGCAGAGUUGCCAGAAUCAACAUCAAGAGGUGAUGUUGCAGAGAAUAAAAUAACAGAGGGCAAGAAACGUCCUUUGGCUAAAUCCAAGAUGGAUAAAUUGAAGGGUCCUACCGAGGAGGCGAAACAAGACGAGAAGAAGACUGUCUCAAAGAAAGGAGAAAUGGUUGUGUCAGCUGGUAAAACCGGUAAAAGACCAUCUAAGAAACUAAAAGGUUCACAUAAUGUGGAGAAGGAAAAUGAACCUGUUAUGCAGCCAAUCGUAAGCUGUGAUACAGGAGCAGCUUCAGAUUCUACUCAUAAAUCCAAAAAGCCUCUAAAAGAUGGCAGUAAAGUCGACAAGGUCUAUACCAAGGACCUAACCACCAAGGCCGAACCUGCAUGGUUUAUAUUGAGCGGCCAUAGGCUUCAAAGAAAGGAGUUUCAGCAGGUUAUAAAGCGAUUAAAAGGAAAAGUGUGCAGGGACUCUCAUAAUUGGUCAUAUCAAGCAACACAUUUCAUUGUUCCCGACCCAAUUCGAAGAACUGAGAAAUUCUUUGCAGCUGCUGCAUCUGGAAGUUGGAUUCUCAAAACUGAUUAUCUAACUGCUAGCACCGAGGCUGGAAGGCUUUUGCCUGAAGAGCCAUAUGAAUGGCAAAAGAGAUGCUUGACGGAAGAUGGAUCAAUCAACUUAGAAGCUCCACGGAAAUGGCGUCUUCUGAGGGAGAGAACCGGUCAUGGAGCGUUUUAUGGAAUGCGUAUAGUCAUAUAUGGCGAGUGCAUUGCUCCUCCACUGGAUACUUUGAAGCGUGUUAUAAAGGCUGGAGAUGGGACCAUACUAGCAACCUCUCCUCCAUACACGCGGUUUCUAAAUUCAAGGGUUGAUUUCGCCAUUGUUAGCGCAGGAAUGCCCCGUGUUGACAUGUGGGUGCAAGAGUUUCUCAGACACGAGAUACCCUGCAUUCUAGCCGACUAUGUGGUAGAGUAUGUGUGCAAGCCAGGCUAUUCCCUCGAUAAGCACGUGCAGUAUCAGACUCAUGCUUGGGCUAAGAGAUCACUCGAGAAUCUAGUUAACCGUGUGGAGGCUGUUGAGGACCACCCUAAAACACCGGAAGAGCACCGGGUCGAUGAUACAGUGUGUCAAGUGUGUGGAUCGCGUGACAGAGGAAACGAGAUGCUCAUAUGUGGUGAUGAAAGUGGUACCCAUGGAUGCGGUGUAGGUACACACAUGGACUGCCUUGAUCCUCCGCUUGAGGCCGUGCCAGAGGAAGAAUGGUUCUGUCGUGACUGCUGCCACAAAACUAGCAGCCGGAGUUCCAAGAAACGAGCCAAGAAAUCGAAGAAGUGAUAUGCCUAGUGAUCUUGAAAUUCUUGCAAGGUUAAACGUUUGGCAUAAGGCUUGUGAAGUAGCAAAAGAUAACUGAAAAUUUGCUCAAGUCUUAGCAUGAUGUUACGUACAAAUAGUAAAGAUGAAAAUCCUUAAACUUAUCACGUUUGUUAUGUUAGUUUUUGACACUUCGUAAA